GAAUUCUUCCUUGUUUUCCUGUAUUGAUGAGAUUAUACGUACCUUGUCCGCACAAGAGACGGUACACCGCGGGGAGCCAUGCUGCGUCUAGAGCUCGCCUUUCUCCUGCUGGUCUCACUGGGAUGCAUUUCCUGCCAGUCAGGUGCAAAUAAAGAGGUGAGGAGGAUUCCCCAAUGGGGCACUGGUCUCAUAGCCGUGACAGUUUUCCUCUUCCUUGUCCUCGUCUUCUACGUGGCCAACAUCUUAUGGAACAAAAGAUCAAAGUCUAACCUAGAGUCAAUCUCCAUGGGAAAAUUCGAAGACGGGGCUAUAACCAAUGGCAGCACCGGGCGUUACAUUACAAUUUCCAGUGAUCAUGAACGCGUUCAGCAGCACGCUUAUGUAAACCCAAUACAAAUCACAGAUAAUGAACUUUCUACUCCUAUGUAACCAUCAACAAGUAUUGCUAUUGAUUGCCAUGUUG